CUAAUCAUAAUUAAUACACUGCCAAAAGCAGGUAAACAUAAACAAAAGCAAAAUCAAAUCCUACGCGAGUUGAAAACGAUUUUAAAAGUGGAAACCUAAAUGAGUGAAGAUGUUGCUAGCCAGACAUCCUCCGCAGUUGCAGUGCCACCACCACAUAGCCCCUCAAAGCCAAGCCCGAGCCCAAUCCCAAACCCAACGACUGCUGCGACUACGCUGAGAGCCAAGGAGGAGCAUUCCAGGGAAUCUCUGCCACCAGCCACCACCAGUAUGCAGCAGGCGGCAGCUCCUCCAAAGCCCACACCGACGCCACCGGCGAGCGGGCAGCAGUUCUUCCAGCAGGUGGUCUUCCCACAGUUUGCAUCGGUGCUGUCGUCCAGCAUACCGGAGACCAAGUGCGCUGUGCGGUCGCCCAUCUCCUCGCCGUUGGCAAUCCGCAAGAAUCGGCCCCUGCUGCCGGCGAGUCCCAAGUCGACGCCACCGCUGCCACGGAAGCAUCAUCCGCUGGCCUACAAUGCGGCCACUGGGACAAUAAGCGCCUCCGGCACGGCGCUGCCGUCGCGCCUGAUGGCCACAAUUGCCUCGAGUCCCGCCUCGAGCAUCUCGCUGUCAUCCUCCUCAUCGCCAUCCUCUUCACCACCGCCGCCAGUGCCAUGUCGAGCGCCCAAGAAGCAGCCGCUGCCUGCCUCAGCUUCGACUUCGACUGCGUCUGCGGCUGGGACAGAGAUCAGUCUGGACAAGCUGCUGCAGCAGCAGCAGGAGCUGCAGGAGAAGUCUGCAGCGGCCACGAACAGCGCCAAAUUGGAUGCCAAUUUCUACGAUGCAGAGAUCGAGAUGAUGAACAAGUAUCUAAAGAGUUUGCCGGACUACAGCGAGCUGGACAGGAAGCUGCACCAGGAGUUCCAGGAGUGCGAGGAUCUCUACGAUCGCCUGAAGCGACAGCAGCAGCCGCUGGCCAAGUCCAACUCGCAGCAAUCGGUGAAGACCGCUCCGGUGGGACCAGCACCAGCAGCAGCAGCUGCCUGUUCCUUUGGAUCAUCUGGUCCACUGUCAAAGUCCUCGUCCAUUAAUUUUGCUCAGAAUGCCAGGGUACAGCCUCAGCAGCAGCAACAUCAGCAGCAGCAGCAGCAGCCUCUCCGUCUGGCAUAUCCCUCGAUCUUCGCGCAGAAUGGAGCGGAGCCCAAGCUGCAGCGCAGCAUCUCCAGCUCGAAUAUGCCACAGAAUGUCAAUCCCUUCCGUCCGCUGCCCGGCAAGAACUGUCUGCAGAGCGGCUCAAAUCUGUCGCUGAACAAGCAGCUGAUGAACGACUUCUGGAGCGAAAACCUAAGUGGUGGCAGCGGCGGAGGCUCCUCUCAGAAGCGACAAACGCCAAAGCGAACUUUUUGGAACUACGAAAAGAUCUGCGGAGCACAGCUGGGGGAUGCGGGACAGCCCUUCAAGGUGGACGCCAAGACGGCCAAGAAGUUGGCCAUUUUUGAUCCCACUGUGGCGGAGGCGGCCCAGAAAGAGUUGCAGCGGCCACAGCAGGCGCCACAUGCCCACAAGCUGCAGAAGAACGCCUCGCUGUCGCAUCUGGACCUCAAGGUGCGGCAGGCCGUCACCAAGGAUGAUCUCUAUAAGCUCAUAUGCAAUGAGCAGCCACAAUCACCCGCCACGAAUGUGAAUGGAACACCAUUUGUCAGUCGAGUGCCCGUCAAGCAGCCACAGCAGAUGCCACAGCCGUUUCCACAGCAACAACAGCAGCAGCAGCAGCAGCUGCAGGCACUGCCCAAGAGUGUGUCCAUGAGCCAUGUGCCAGGGGCAGGUCUUCAGCGCACCACCAGCCGCACACACAUACCCUGCUACAUGAAGAACUUGCCAUCGCUGAGCCGAAGCACCUCCAAUUCGGCGAUACUGAUGUCGCAGACCCAACGAAAGGAGGCGCCAACUCCAGUGGCUCCUCUUUUGGCCAAGCAGCAGCCUGCAGCUGUGGCCAAGAGCUCCAGCAGCUCCUGUGUGCCCUCGCCACGCUGUGCCGCUGCGUUCUUUCGACGCCCACAAGAGGCAGCCACACCCUCCAACACUCACCAGCAGCAGCAGCAACAACAGGUUGAGACGUCAUCGGUGGGUGAUUCGGCAUCGCUGGAGCGAAAGUCGGAGAAGAGCAAUAGUACGAUCAGCACGAGUAGCUUUACGGUCACAAAUUGCUGCACCACACAUCUGCCGCAGCUCUCAAAGUUCACCUCCUCGUUCCACAUUGCACCUUCGACGACGACAAAUGCCACGGCAACAACAACAACCUCACAGCAGCAGCAGCAACAGCAACAGAGUGAACAACAGCCAGCAGGGGCUGCAGCGGCAGGAGCAUCAUCAUCUUCGAUGGCUGCCAACAUCAACUCGGAGAUGCCAACAGCAAACACAGCAGCAGCAGGUGGAGCAGGAGGAGGAACGGCAACGUCAGCCACAAAGCGCCAGAAAGAUGUCGAGAACAAGCUAGAGAAAUGCCUGAACGACAUGCUAAAGUUGAAGACCAACAGCAACAGCAACAGCAUCAUGUCGCAGUCGUUGACAGCAGCAGCAGGAGGAGGUGGAGAGCAGCAGCAGCAGCAGCACAAAGACCCGAAGAUCACGGGGGCAGCCGUUGGCGAAGGCCCCACGAACGCCAGCAGCAGCAGCAGCGGCGGCACUGGUGGCAGUGGCGGGAACAAAUAUGGGGGCGAAUCGCAGAUACCAGUGCCAGUGCAGCUUUACGACCCGCAGAAGCCGUUGAUGCAACAACAGCAGCAGCAGCGGAUCUGCUAUCCCAUUGGAAAGUCCAAUUCUACCUCACAGCUACCGAUGGGUGGCUAUCAGCGAUUGUUGCAACAGCAACAUUUGCAUCAGCAGCAGCAACAGGAGCAACAGCAGCAGCAUCAGCAACAAUACCCACAGCAUAAACGUCCCUUCCUCAAUUGGAAUACUUUUGCCUGUUCGGCCAUGAAUGGAUCCAGUGAUCCCUUUAUGCAGCAGCAGCACCAGCAGCAACAUUUGUACCCGCCACAUCUUAGCCACAAGCUGCAGCAAUCGUACUCAUCCUCGCAUGUGGCAGCCGCAUCCAAGCAAACGCCCAAGUCCGGCCUGGCGCUCUUUCUGCAGAAGAAUACCAACAAGGAGAAUAAGUUUGGACAGCAGCAGCAACAGCAACAACCAUCGCUGCAGCCUCCGCCUGGCAUGAUGCCUCAAAUGUACGGCGCCUACCAGGCGCCGCAACCCCAACCUGCCUCCAAAAUGAGUUAUCCUCGCUCUGGCGUCGGCGGACCGCUGACACACUCUGUCUCGUUUAGCUCUGCCCAACGACCCACAGCCAUGCAGCAGCAUCAGCAGCAGCAGUUCCACCAUCAGCAACAGCAGCAGCAGCAUCCGCCACAUUCCAACUUUGGGCUGGGGAUGAUGAGUCGCAAUUACUACAAUCUACCCAAGCAGCAACAGCAGCAGCAGGAGCGCAAGCCACUGCAGACCUUUGAUCCGUAUGCCUAUCCCAAGCCGAAUCAGAUGCAGUCGUCGGUCAACAAGUACCAGCAACAGGCACAGCAGCAGCAGCCGCAGCCGCCGCGACAGCAGCGACGGUACAUGCGGAGUGCUACCGCUGCCAGCGUCACACAGCUGCUCUCCGAAAGCUGCAACAGUCUGCUGCAGCGCUUUCGACGCAAUCCAAGCGAACGACCUGAUAAUAAACAACAGAAUCCACCACAGCAACAACAACAGAAACAGAAUCCACAACAACAGCGGAGCAGCAUCAGCAAUCGAGCGGCAGCCGCCAUAGUCGAGGAGGAUACCAAAGAUACCAACAAAAGCACCGAUCCAAUAACAGGACGCAGGAGCUCCUCCAAGACUCCCACGAAUGACAGCAACAACAACAGCAACAGCAGCAAAAGCAAGACAAAUCCCUCACAGAAGCAAAGCAAACGUCGCCGCAGCUCGGAUAAGUCCUCCAGCUCCUCCAGUCGGAGAAACCCGGAAGCGGAAAAGGAUCGCGAUCGGGACAGGGAACGAGAACGGGAACGGGAUAACGCCAUGAGCGAUCGCCACAGACGUUACUAUCCAGGCGGUGGACUGGGCUACCACCCAACCAGCAGCAGCGGGAGUGGCAGCAGCACCGCCGCCAUCAUGGGUCGCUACCAGAAGAGCUCCACCACAGCAAACGCCCUGGACAGACUGCGCACCCACCUCAGUCCCGUGGGCGGUUACUACAAGCCGCUGAUACGUGGCCUGGGGGGUGGCCGGCGGGACAGGGAUCGGGACCUGGAUGAUCGUCGGGAUUACCAACUGGACAGAGAUAAAACGCCCACCACAUCGGGAGUGGGAUCUGGAGCUGGCAAACAGUCGGCCAUCUCCCGCCUGGAGAAUAAAUAUUCGGACGUACUUGAGCGUACGGCCGGGAGACGUCGCCAUGAGGAAGAUCGCGACAAAACCCUGGAGCCGGACGAUUAUGGUGGCAACAGUGGGCUGGUGCGUUCGGCCACUGCCCACCAGUUGGCCAAAUCGAAGCUCUCCUCGAGCUCCUUCAAUGCCGCUGAUCGCAAGGAGCGAACGCCGUACCGCACGCGGGCGCAGCGACAGCGCGCCGGCUACAUGGCCGACUCCAACGACAGUGGCUAUCUGACCAGUGGCAAUCGCUUGCUGGACGAGAACUACCCGGUGGACUACAGCAGUCGAUAUGACUACCACGAUGCCCUGCGUCUGGGCGGUGCCUCGGGCUAUCCCUCCAGUCGCUACGGACGGAGAGGAGCAGGAGAAGAUGAGCCGGCAUCAGCAGCAGCACCAUUUGGUGGCCGCACGAGUCGCGCCUAUGGCCGGACAAAGACCAGCGAGAAUCUGCUGGCCGCCGAGAUAAUGGAGAGCGGGCGAAAAGCGGCAGCGGCAUCCAUGGAGGAUCGUCCGCUGAAUUCGAGGAACCGUUUCGCCCACCGCCGCAGGGAGCAGCCCCCGCCUGAACUGACGGCCGAAGAGCGUGAGAUCCUAGCCGACGAUCGCUCCUCGGAAGACAAUGCAGCCAUUCUGAUGCUCCUGCGGGAGGACAAUCAGUUCCUCGAGGCCAAGAAGUUUGAGGAGCGCAUGCGAAAGCGCCGAGAGCUGCGGGAACGCGUCAAGCGUGAGGAGGAAGCGGCCGCGGAGGCCAAGAAGACUGAAGCGGCGGCCGCCUUGGAGCAAGAAGCUAUUGCCAAAGCAAAGGAGGCAGCAGCAGCGGCAGCAGCAGUGGCAGCAGCAGCAGCUGCUCUGCAGGUGCCAAAGGAGGAGGCGGCACCCAAGAAGAAGUCGCGCAGCAAAAAAGUAACUACAGACGACAGCGAUGAUGAUGGUGACAGUGGCUCCUCCAGCACGUCGGAGAGUAGCUCUGACGAGGUUGAUGGCGAUACAGAAACCGAAACCACCACCGAUUCGGGGACUGGUGUGCAACUAACCCACACAACAUGCAACACAGCCAACUCCACCACCACCAACAAAACAACAGACAAGGCCAACACUCCUCCAACUCCUACUACCUCUGUCAAUGGCACUACUAGAACAACUCCUCCAUUAGCCACCACCACAUCAUCCACUAGCACUUCUGCUCCACUCUCUAACAACCACACGGCGGCAGCGGCAGCAGCAACAACAGCACAGGCAGCAGCAGCAGUUGGCUCUAGCAUCACCAACAAGAGCCGCUUUCUGCCCCUCCACUCCUCAGAUCGCAAUAACAAUGACCUGUCCAAAUACAAGCCCACAAGCAACCUCCUCACGCACUCCUCCAGCUCCGGAGCUUUGGCCUUUGGCGGUAUCGGGGCGCGACUGGCGGCAGCGGAUGCACGGCGCCAGCAGCAGAGGUACCAGGGCGCCAGCUCCCGCACCGCUGCCGUGCUGAGCGAAUUCGAUCGCUACAAGCCCAGCCUUGGAUCGGGUUCCGGUUCGAGUUACCUUUCCGAUCCGUACGGCAGCAGUCGGCGUACGAAUGGUCUGGCGUCGGGCAGCUCGCUCUAUCAGCGGCCCCACCUGGAUGCCUACCACCAGCAGCAGCAGCAGCAAUCCUCAGCCUCGUCGCACUAUCUGCAGCAGCAGCAGGAUCACUACCUGCUGUCGAAGAGCGCCACCUCGUCGGCGCUGUUCCACAGGUCACGCAUUCCAAAGACACUCUCGACCUUUACAGCCAAGCCCGUCAUCCAAGAUGAUGCUGAUGGUCACUUAAUUUACCACACCGGAGACAUUCUCCACCACAGAUAUAAGAUCAUGGCCACACUCGGCGAGGGCACCUUCGGACGUGUGGUCAAGGUCAAAGACAUGGAGCGUGAUUACUGCAUGGCCUUAAAGAUUAUCAAGAAUGUGGAAAAGUAUCGCGAAGCGGCCAAGCUGGAGAUCAACGCUUUGGAGAAGAUUGCACAAAAGGAUCCGCAUUGUGAUCACUUGUGCGUGAAAAUGGUUGACUGGUUUGAUUACCAUGGACACAUGUGCAUAGUUUUUGAAAUGUUGGGUCUAAGUGUUUUCGAUUUUUUGCGCGAGAACAACUAUGAGCCAUAUCCGCUGGACCAAGUGCGUCACAUGGCCUAUCAAUUAUGCUACUCUGUGAAAUUUUUACAUGACAAUCGUUUAACGCAUACAGAUCUCAAGCCGGAGAACAUACUGUUUGUGGAUUCGGAUUAUUCGUCUCACUAUAAUCAUAAGAUUAACCGGGAGGUUCGACGUGUCAAGAACACGGACGUUCGUCUGAUUGACUUCGGUUCGGCCACCUUCGAUCAUGAGCACCACAGCACAAUUGUCUCGACGCGACAUUAUCGCGCGCCCGAGGUCAUACUGGAGCUGGGCUGGUCACAGCCAUGCGAUGUCUGGUCCAUUGGCUGCAUCUUAUUUGAACUUUAUCUGGGAAUCACACUCUUCCAAACGCACGACAAUCGCGAGCAUCUGGCCAUGAUGGAGCGCAUCUUGGGACAAAUACCAUAUCGCAUGGCACGCAACCAUACUCUUUAUAGCAAAACCAAAACAAAGUACUUCUACCAUGGUAAGUUGGAUUGGGAUGAGAAGUCCAGUGCGGGACGCUAUGUGCGCGACCACUGCAAGCCGUUGUUCCUGUGCCAACUGAGCGACAGCGAGGACCACUGCGAGCUGUUUGGCUUGAUCAAGAAAAUGCUGGAGUAUGAGCCAUCAUCCCGCAUCACGUUAGGUGAGGCCCUACGCCAUCCCUUUUUUGACAGGCUGCCACCGCACCAGCGGGUUGGUGAAGUGAGCAGCAAGCAGCCCCUCUCCUCGGGAAGCAGCAGCCGCGAGCGAUCGCACAGUCUGUCCAGAUGAGAAUUACAGCGAUUUGGUUAUUGUUGACAGGCAACGUUAAUCAAGCGUCCAAUCAUGCAAACAUACACAACAACAACAACAAAAGCAAAAACACAGCGCGACAACAGACGUCCAGGGACAGGAACGUCCUGGAGCAACAUAAAUGGAGAGCAAGCGCAGCGACCACAACGGCGAACCCUAUUUUAAGUGCUAAAAGUCUUUUACUUCUUAGUUUUGUUAACUUGACUUGUAUAGAAAAGUUUCUUAUACAAAAAUCUGUUUUCUCAUAUACAUACAUACAUACAAUAUUCUAUCAUAUUAGAAUGCGCACGUUGCUGUGCAUCAUUCAGAGCUGUGUAGCGCCACGAGUGCGCCUGUGCAUUGUAUCAUACCCGCCAAUAGUGUUUGUUUUGUAAUGAUAACCAAAUCGUGUAUAAUAUUGAUAGUGCGGUGCGUCUCCCCCAUCCACAUCCCGACACCGACACUGCUUGGUAAUGAACCAGCGAGCCCCAGCCUAAUUGUAAAUGUCAUUGAAAUGUGCGCACCUCGAGAUGGAAGCAACACAACGACUGCAAUGAUUAAACGAAGAUACAAUUGUAAAUGUAAUAAAAUAAGAAGUCAGUCGCUAACGCGCUAGUUGAAAUGCAUAUGCAUCCCGCAUCAGCAGCACCCACCCUGUCAUUGGGAUCUCGACUAAGUUGUAAUUAAUUAAAUACAAAAUGUACACCAUU